AUGUCGGUUGAUUGUGAAUGUGGUGUGCACUGUGCCGGGCCAUGCAGAUGGACCUGGGUGGCUGUGCAUUUUGGUCCACCGUCCUCCGCCUUCACACUCGUUCCCCACCUCCUCGUCGGCCGCAUCCAGCUUGUGUUGCUUUAUUGGUGCCCUGUCGUGAUGAUACUUCGAACAUCUUGCUGCUUGUUAGCUAAUGCUAUUCUGCACGCAGCAAGCACAUUUAUCCCGCAUUGCCUGGACACAAUUCAAGGAUUUCAAUUGCGAGCAAUGCGAGAAUUCUACAUGACUACGGCGGUAUUCGUGUUUCUGUACUUGGCUUGGCAUGGAACGACGCUGACCAUGAUGGGGGCUAGUCUCGAAAAAAUAUGA